UGCUUACGAUAACCGUCAACAAUGGGCUCCAGCCUACAAUAGAGGUAGAUUUUGGGCCGGAAUGUCAUCAACACAGCGAAGUGAAGGUAUGAAUCGUUACUUCAAAACUCAAGUAGACCUAGAAUGUGGAUUGCUGCAGUUCAUUAAAAACUAUGAGUUUUGUAUGAAUAUAAAGGCAGAGGAAGAAAAGGAGGAUAAUUUUGAUUGUGUAGAUAAGCCUCCUCAAAUUGAUGUUGACAAGAGUGUGUUAGCUGAGUACGUUUUCCAUAAGGUUUACACCAACGAAAUGUUUGCUGAUAUCGUGCGUGAGCGUAAAGGUUUAACCCACACAAAUGUUACCAAAAUUGAUGCAAUAGGAUCACUUAUGUUGUAUAGAGCUGAUGAGAAACUGACCUCCCCUCAUUGGAGGAAACGGUUCAAAAGCUACACCGUUAAAGUAGAUAAGGUUAUAGGAGAGGUAAGUUGUUCAUAUCAGUUGUUUGAAUUUAGAGGUAUUCUAUGUAGGCAUAUACUCAAAGCCAUGGAUGUGGAGGAUUUUCAAUUUAUACCUGAGAAAUAUAUACUAGAUAGAUGGAGGAAGCAAGUUAGGUCUUAUGAGAGCUUGAGGGUUUCAUACUAUGAUCCGGAGGAAUCAAGACGGCUAGCAAAAGCUAAAGAGCUAUCUUUAAGGCACAAUUAUUUGAAAGAAUUGGCCAUGCAUAAUGACGUUGCAUACAAGCUGUAUACGGAAGCUACUAAUAUUGUUAGGCUAAAAAUGGAGGAUGCGGUGGGGAUACGUAAAACGGGUGACCAAGGAGAUACGUCUAUUGUGUGGUGGGAUCCUGAAGCACGUAAUGUGUUUGGUCGUCGUAGGUUAAGGCCAAGAGAGUGUAAUGAGCGUGCUUUAAAAAGGACAGUUCAACCCGUUCAAGAUGAUGUGAUUAAAACCCCUGUUGAUAAGAGGCAUGUUGGUAGGGCAAAGAAAGGACCUUGUUCAAUUUACGACAAAUCUAAGAAGAAACAAGCAUGUACGCACGCCGAGAUUGCAGCCAAUGAGGAACUUAUCGGCUCCAUGUAUGGGCAUAUUCCUAGCUACCGGGCUAGGCAAGAACAUGCAAACAACGUCAACAAUGAACGCGUACAUCCUUACUACAAUGGACCUGUGUUUGACGACAUUCCCGAAAGUUCGCAAAUAAAUUUAUGUGAAGAUAUAUCUCAGACUUUCGAUUACAAUACAUAUGAAUGGCGUACACGACUCGGCGGUCGACUUACAAUGUAGUUGUUCUUAUGUUGUAUUUGCUUUAGAUUUUGUGGGAUGUGGGAAUAUAUUCAUUGAUGUUUGCUUUGCAUUAAACUCGGGCAGUCUACUUUUACAUAUUCAAGUUAAUCCAAAAUGUUGCAUGCAUGGAUGUAAUUUAAGGAAAUCAAACUUUUUGUCAUUAGCGUGUAAGACUUGUAUUAACAAAAUAUUUCCAGAAGUGGUAUAUUGUGUUGAAAAA